AUGGCGGAGCAUUUGUUCUUUCCGGAUGAACCUCCAAAGCCGCUUCGGAUCAAGUACAACGGUCCGCUCUAUGAUGGAGGUGAUUGGGGCCAGUUCCCGACUCGCUGUGGCUGGAAAUCAGAAACCGAAGAAGAGAUGUUUCCUCCACGUGGAACCCCGCAGGAGUUCCAUCCUGGAAUCGAGUGCUGGCUCUAUUUCGGCAUGCUCCAUUAUGUGUUCGGGGACCAGCUGGACCAGUCUGAGUUCAUCAUGCACUUGGAAGAUGACCCUCAGCAGUACCUGACGACCAAACAUCUCCAUAAAUAUGUCGACAAUGCCAAGGAGUGGAAGAAGAAGAAAUAUGGACAGCGAGCCAUUGAAAUUGUCAAGAAAGUCAGCGAGGAACUUUCCAGAUACGCCGAUUGCUAUCUGUCGGAUGAUAUGACAUUGGCCAUUCGGCUAGUCUGCUAUGUUCUCUGGCACGUCGCAGUCAAGCGAGACGGCCCUCAGACCCAAACUCCUCGUGUUAAGAUGUGGCUGCUGAGCACCCUAUCUGACACCAAGCGAAUGGUCGCGGAGGGAUGGUGUCCUUGGGAGAUAGAGAAGUGCCGCAUGAGCGGCGGCGGAGUGGAUACUCCAGCGUAUUUGCUUCAGUUGAUGCGUGUCAAGCCCAAGUGGAAUACCAAAUUGCACGAGUCGUGCAGAAAGUCAGAAUGCGUGGCGAACAAUGUCGAUGAGAGCGACUAUGUGACUCGACAUGUGCAAGAAGACUGCACCUGUCCGCAUCUCCAGGCAGAUGUCGAGCAACUGCACAAAAUUCUCCAGGAUGGAGGAGUUCCCCUUCUGAUGAUCACGCCUGAUGGUGAGGACGAGUCUGGCGACCAGAAAUUCAAGAUUGAGAUCACGAGAAAGCGUUCUGGCAAGCAAUACUUGUCUAUCUCGCAUGUGUGGUCUGAUGGAUUGGGCAACACCGAGGGUAACACCCUCCCGCACUGCCAAAUAGGCGUCCUUUACAAGGAGGCAAAGCGUGUGCUUACUGGGGAUGAAUAUGUCCCUCGCUAUGAAGGCCCAUUUGGACUACUACAUACGAGCGCAUCUCGACUUAGCCAUUUCGCGGGCAACCGAGCUCUGCGUAGAGACGAUUCAGUGCUGCUUUGGAUCGAUACCUUGUGUAUUCCACAUCAGCGUGAUGUACGGAGUCUGGCAAUCCAGCGAAUUCGUGAAGUAUACGUAGAUGCUUACCGGACGGUAAUCAUCGAUUCAGAGAUGAGAAAUGUAAACGCCAACUCUGCAAGCCAGUUGGGACUUCUCCUCAGAGUGCUGUACUGUUCGGGCUGGAUUCGGCGCUUAUGGACGCUUCAAGAAGGACUGGCCGCUAAGAGUCGGCUAUACGUGCUCUUCGCUGACAGGGUAGUCAACAUUUCGACUAUCGCCCAGGAGCUCCUAACCAAGCUUGAUGGAGACAAACUCCCCAUAAUGCAGGAGAGAAUGACUACUUUUGCCAGUUCGGUUUGGUUUACUUUCUUCACGCAUACCAUUGACUAUUCAUCCAAAUUUGAACGCUUCGUCGACUUUGUUGGUAGUCCUUUUGUUGGAGGAGGGCUUUCAAAGGAUCAGAUAAUUGCCUGGAACUGGUACAAUGUAGCCUUGCGAGCUACCAGCAAGGCAGGCGAUCGCCCUAUCAUUCUAGCAGGCAUCCUCAAUUUUGACGUGAAGGAAAUUCUCGAAGCCAAGGGAUCUGAUGAACGCAUGCGGAAGUACUACGGCAUGCUUGACCAAUUUCCUCAAGACAUCUUGUUCCAUCCGGGUCCACGGUUUGAGGAUGAUGGAAUGCGCUGGGCAUUGAAGGUGUGCCAAUUUGACGAAGAAAUCACCUAUCUCUCGAGUGGACCUGGUAAUAUCACACCCCAGGGACUCCAGAUCACACUUUCUCCAUCAUGGCUGUUCCAAUCUCGUGGAGUGUUUGACCUCAGCCUCUUUGAGCAGGACCAGGGCCAACAGGCUUGGGAACAGUGGAUCGGCGAUAACAACAUUGAAGGCGACAACCCGCCCACUGUCUGUCUGGUGGAGACUCAAAGCACUGCUAAUUUCGAGCCAGACGCCACCUAUGGGGUUAUUGUGCGCGGGACAGAAGAUCUUAAGCCUGGACUAAGAAGGGCCUGCGUAGUGGUGUCACUGCAAGCGACGGAGGAUGCCGUCCAUUAUGCACAAUACAACGCCCUUGCACACAUCCGGUCUCUUUCUCACUUUGGAAACUUGCCCGAGAAAGGCUACCUGGUGCCAGUCACUUGGGAUGACCAGCAAAAACGCGAAUGGAUUGUUGGUUAA